AUGGCACCAGUGAUUUUUAUUGUCCCUGGCUUGUGGGAAGGCCCUGAAGUCUUUGAACCGCUCAAGAAAGCACUCGAGAAUGCUGGGUUAUCUGUUUUCUCCUCACGGCUCGUGAGCACUGGCACAACAGCCGCUAGUGGCCUCACAGUGAAAGACGACACCGCUGCUAUUGCCCGAGACCUCGCUGCUACUGUCGAGCUGGCUGGGUCGGACGGUGUUGUUGUAUUUCUACAUUCUGCAGGCGGGUUCCUUUGUAGUGCAGCUAUGCAGGGCCUCACAGCCAAUUCAAUGAGUGUGACGGGUAGGAAGGGCGGGGUUAGAGGCAUUAUCUUCAUGUCAUGUGCUUUUGGGCCAGAGGGAUUUGAAACUAAACCUACAUCAACGAUGCAAUACUUCAAUAAUAGCUACUUUACAUGUAUUGACCCUCGAGGUAUUCUUUUCAACGACAUGGUUGAUUCGGAGGCUAUGAAAUGGAUCGCUAAGCUGCAGUGCCAGCCCGCCAAUUGGGACGGAACGACGAACUACUGUGGGUGGCGCGAGGUUCCUAGCGUAUAUAUCAUUCUCAAGAAAGAUAAAGGAAUUCCGCCUGAAGUCCAGGAGCAGAUGGCUAUAUUAGCUGGCAGCAAGGUUGUCCAUUUAGAUGCAGGACAUAUGGCGCAGCUCACGAAAAUGACCGAUGUUGCCCAAAUUAUUUUAUCGGUCACUGCAGAAUUCCAGUAA